CUUCUUUGGUCUGCAAGAUCAGAAGUGCAGGAAAACUUGCCUGCCUUGCCUAUGUCUUGAUCUGGGGGUGGUUUUUUGCUCGUGACCCUCCAAGAAAAUGGCGGUGAUGGGGGUGCAGCUUGUGGUCUCCCUGCUAGUGGCCAGCAUCAUGCAGAAGAUGGCCCCUCACUGGUCCUUCGCCCGGUGGAUCCUCUGCAAUGGAAGCCUGCGCCGGUUCAAACACCCCUCGGAAGAGGAGCUGCUCGCCCUCGCGGGGAAGCCGAGGCCGAAGGGGAAGAGGGAGCGGAAGAUCAACGGCAUCACCGAGGAAAAGCCUUCCUCCGUCCCCCGGGAUAUUGACCUUCGCUUGGACAGCAGCCCCAUCACGGCCGUGGACGCCCUGGUGCUGUGCUAUUUCCUGGAAUAUCAGUGGUACGUGGACUUUGCAGCGUACGCCACCGGGAUCUACGUCUUCACCGAAGGCUACUACUGCCUGGUUGACCCCCGGAAGGAAGCCAACAUUGGGAUUCUCUGGUGCUUGCUGGCGGUCAUCUUCUCCGUCAAAAUCUUUUUCACGGUGAUGACGCAUUACUUCCGAUCCAAGGAGGGGGGCGAGCGAUCGGUCUGCCUGGCCUUUGCUUUCUUCUUCCUCCUCGUCGCCAUGCUGGUCCUGGUCGUCCGCGAAGAGUACCUUGAAUUUGGCCUCGACGCAGGGCUGAAUAGCGUCCAUGACAACUUGGAGGUCUUCUUGAAGGGGCAAGGUUGGGACUGGACGGUCCCCGUGACCAAGCUGACCGUCAAGCUCUGCCUGGUGGCCCUCUGCUCAUUCCUCGGCGCCUGCCUGACCUUUCCAGGGCUGCGGCUGGCACAGACUCACCUGGAUGCCCUCAAGAUGGCCGCAGACCAGCCAGCGGUCCAGCUGCUCCUCCACGCCAGCUUCCUUGCACCCGUGGCCAUCGUGCUGAUGUGGGUCAAGCCCAUUUCCCGGGACCUCCUGCUCAACGCCCCCAUGGGGAAAGAGACCGUCCAAAUCCUUUCCAACGCUUCCUAUAAUUCGGUGCGCCUCUGGACCAUUGUAGCUCUGUGCCUCCUCCGCCUGGCUGUCGUGCGCUACCACCUGCAGGCCUACCUGAACCUCGCCGAGAGAUGGGUGGAGCAGAUGAAGAGGGAGGCCGGGAGGAUUGCCGUCCUGGAGAUCCAGCGGAAGAUCACCAGAAUCUAUUGCUACGUCACCGUGGUCAGUUUGCAGUACCUGGCCCCAAUCCUGCUCACCUUGCACUGCACGUUCCUCCUCAAAACGCUAGGCGACUAUUCCUGGGGGCUGUACCCAGAGCCCGCCCUGACCUCGCCAGCAGUGGAUGUGGUUCAUGCCCCCCAGGCAAGCCCCUCGGACGACGGGGGGACGGAGGACAUCCAGGCAGCGGUGGAGCAGAUCACGGGGGCCCUGGGGGCUUUCAGCACGGUCUUCACCCCACUUUUCUACCGGGGGCUUCUCUCUUUCUUCACCUGGUGGGUGUCUGCCUGCCAGGUCGUUGCCACCCUCUUCGGCCUGUAUUUCCACCAGCACCUGGCUGCGUCCUAACUGCAAGUUUUUCUGUGGGGAGCACUCCCUGGACGGGACAAACCAGAAGACCGCCCAGCCCCUUUGGGGUGUGACUGGCAGGAGAGCAGGCCGUUGCAAUUGGUCAGUUCCUGGUCAGGGCGCCGCCAACGGUAUUCUUGCGCUAUGCAGGCAGAGACCUUUUGAGAAGAAUCUUCUAGUGCCUGCUGCCAAUUUUGAUGAUCCACAGAACUGGCGCAACUUCUGCAGGAGGAUUUUGGCUGCCCCACGGCCGGAUCCUGCACUAUCAGAUCUUUGUGUGGGCUGGGGAGAUUUCCAACUGCGUUGCAGGCUGCUGAUCGGAGAAGUCAGCUGGCUGGGGAAUCUUAGCUUUCAUUAAAAAAAACUUUUAAAAUGGUAUCAAGUUUCUUGGUCCCAAGUUUCUAUAGCAAGUUUCUAGAUCUCAUGGUUGCAGAAGGGAUAAAAAGCCUGUCUGCUUGGCUGCAGCUGAGAACACGAUGCUGGACUAGAUGGGACAUUGGCCUGAUCCUGCAGACUCUUCUUAUACUC